CCGGUGGCGGCGGCCCGCGCGGCUGCAGCUGCAGCAGCGGGGGAGGCGGCGGCAGGGCUCGGGAGGGGGGCGGCGCGGGGGACCGGCGCGUAGCCGGGACUAUGGAGGGGCAGAGCGGCCGCUGCAAGAUCGUGGUGGUGGGAGACGCAGAGUGCGGCAAGACGGCGCUGCUGCAGGUGUUCGCCAAGGACGUCUACCCCGGGAGUUAUGUCCCCACCGUGUUUGAGAACUACACCGCGAGCUUUGAGAUCGAUAAGCGCCGUAUUGAGCUCAACAUGUGGGACACUUCAGGUUCCUCUUACUAUGAUAAUGUCCGGCCUCUGGCCUAUCCUGAUUCCGAUGCCGUGCUCAUCUGCUUCGACAUUAGCCGACCAGAAACACUGGACAGUGUCCUCAAGAAGUGGCAAGGGGAGACUCAGGAGUUCUGUCCCAAUGCCAAGGUUGUGCUGGUGGGCUGUAAACUGGACAUGCGGACCGACCUGGCCACACUGAGGGAGCUGUCCAAGCAGAGGCUUAUCCCUGUGACACAUGAGCAGGGCACUGUGCUGGCCAAGCAGGUGGGGGCCGUGUCCUACGUGGAGUGCUCCUCUCGGUCCUCUGAGCGCAGCGUCAGGGAUGUCUUCCACGUGGCCACAGUGGCCUCCCUUGGCCGCGGCCAUAGACAGCUGCGCCGUACUGACUCACGCCGGGGACUGCAGCGAUCUGCUCAGCUGUCAGGACGGCCAGACCGGGGCAACGAAGGCCAGAUACACAAGGAUCGGGCCAAGAGCUGCAACCUCAUGUGAGGGUCGAGGGUCGGGCAGAAUGUGAGGAGGGUUGGGUCCUCCUGCCUGUACCUGGGUUUUCUGACCUGCUGACCCUAGCUGGGAGGUCAGGGCAGGCAGAGAGAGUGAUUGUCCUGGGCAGGGACGCUGGAGGUCAGAAGGGUGUCCAGUUUCCCCACUUCCUCCUCCCCAGUCCUCUCCACCGGAUGUUGAGGGAGCUGAUGGGUGGCAGGCAUCGGGAGCACGAACUGGGAUGGGGCAGGUGGGGGUUAUGAAAGCUGGCGUCAAACAGUGACCUUGGUUGAGUUUCCUGUCAUCCCCAGUCCCCAUAUCCUGGUUCUGGCUUCCUUCCCUAAGGAAAGUAUCCAUUCUUUGACCUUGUUCUUUUCUUCUCUUCUCACUUCUACAGCUGUUCUCACACAUCCUAACCUCCAGGCAACAUGCACUAAAUUAAAAAGCAAAGAGAAGCCCCUCCCUCAUCAGUCCACCAACCCUAGCUCCCCCCUUUCCCCCAGUAGUCCCCUAAUAAAGCCCAUGUCCAUGGAAAACGGC